CAGUGCGUCGCCUGUGCCCAGGAAGUGACUGGUGCCCGGUGCGCGAGCCGCGUGGUGCCUCCCUGCGCAGCCGAACCACAAAACCCCACCCCACCACCACCUCCUCCUCCCCAGUCUCCACCAAGCUCCGCUCCCGCCUCCUCCGCUACCUUCGCUUCGCCGCCGGCCACCGCCCCCCGGCCCCGACCGCGACGCUUCGGGCUCCGCCUCCGCCGCAGCUGAAGAGCUAGGGUUUCCGGCGCCGGGCGCCGGGGUAUGAGCAGCACCCGCCGCCCCGCAGGAUCUAGGGUUCCGACGACUCCGCUCACGGAUGGAGGGUGGUAGAAGGGCGGGCGAAUCCCUAUCGGCAUACACCCAUGGAUCAUGACGAUAGUGAUUUUCAGAGCCAAAACUUUCAACUAGUUGGUGAAGACAGUAACAGGUUCCCUUCAGGUUUGCGGCCAUUUACACUGCCAAAACUUGAUAUCGAGGACCAGCUACAAGGCCAUCUUCGAUUUGAUAAUUUGAUAGAUUCAGAAGCAUUUUUCAGCGUACAAGGGCACGAGAGUAAUUGGAUUGAGGUUUUGUCCACUGGAAGCAGUGUUGUUGAUUUUAGUUCCAGUGCUGCUGAAUCGUGCUCUGUAUCUAAAACAAAUAAUGUCUGGUCAGAGGCAACAUCCACGGAAUCCGUGGAAAUGUUAUUGAAAUCAGUGGGAGAAAAUGAGACAACGGAUAACAUGGACAGUAAUGCACACCUUCAGUUAAGUGGUACGGACAGUCAAAUUGAUCAGUCAAACGUGCAUCCUGAAUCCACUAACUCUCCGACAGAUAGUACUGUAGUGCCAACUGAAAAAGAUCAGUCUCAGAGUCUCCGAGCUCCUUUCUUGAUGGACAAGAAAGCUGAGCAGACAACAGGUUCUGUUGCUGAGAAGUGCAUAGCAAGUGAGAAGUUGUCCUCUUCAAAUAACACAUCAGGAAGCUGCCCAGCUGUUGGCAGCUAUUUUGAAGGAGUUCAGGAGGACCUUUCUCUGGACAAACUCAAUGUACCCUCCACCAAAGUAGAUUCUAGGAACUUGAAUAAUGAACCUUUCACAGGGUUGGCUCCCCUUCAAAAUAUAUAUGUCACUGAUUCCUAUCACUUUGAACAGGAUAAUAAAGAACCAGAGGUUGAUGUUGUGCCUCAGGAUUCGAAGGUUUGCCAUUUUAACGAAAAUAAAGUUGAAGGAGGACUACCUGAACUACAAAGUUUGUCAUGUGCUGGUCAGUCUUUGGGCGCUGUGAACUUGUCCAGUCAAGUUAGCAAUGAAACUCUAUUGUCAGAAAGUUCUGAUGGAUUGCUAGAGGCCAUUACAAAUCCAGUUAAGCUGCACAGAAGUGAUGGUACUUGUAAUAUAGUCAACAGCACUCUUCAGCCAUCUUUUUCCCCAGUGCAACAUGGAACUGAAGGUCUGAGUAGUUCAGUUGACAGGAGCAAUGAACUCAUAGUCAACGAGUUUGGCAUUAGUUCAACUUCUGCUCUAUCUCACCGAUCUGAGGCAGACUCACGAAAUUCUAAUCCUCAUCUUGUCAGUUCUCUGUCUCCCAAAAGAAAGGUCACUGAUGCCACUGAUGUUCCUGAAGAAACAAUGAAUGCUGGAGCCAGUAGUACAAACAUCAGCUGUACUGGUGAUGAAUCAAAACUUGAAGUGUUGGAGCACCAUAAAGAUUCUGUUGAUAACCUAGAAAGUGGUGCCAUGGAAGAAAAGACAAUGGAGAAAAUACCUGUAGUUUCAGGAAAUAUGGAGCAAAUGGUGGAAAAUAACCAUGAAGAAAAUGCUAGUGGUGCAACAGGUACAUCAAAAGAUAAGGUUGACUCUUCUGACAGUAUUGCACCUGAAAACUCUUCAGCUGAUGCUUUCAAUGCUUCAGAGGAUCCGACCAUUCCCUCAAUAAAUCAUGAGGGGUCAUUCAAUGAACGUGAUACUCCUGGUAUAGAAGAGGAGCCUGAAAGCUCGCAUUUGGUCCUUUCUACUUCUGGGCCUCAUGAGAAAAUGUCAGCACCGGUUAUCAGUUCAAGCAGUGGUAUCACUUCAACCACUGUUACUGACACUUUUGGUACUCCAGCGGAUAAAAAUGGCUGUUCAAUAGGUGUUUCUGCUGCUGAUUCUUCUGCUUUACCAGAUGAGAAGGAUUUGAUUGUGUCCACGAUAAAUCAUGAGGUGCCAUCCAAGGAAGGUGCGAAGUCCGCUUUAGGAGAUGAGGACAACAAUGUAAUUUCUCCUGGCUCUGAACCAGGUGGGGUAAUGUCAGCUGUGCCUGCGGACUCAAACAUUGAUGUUUAUGGUAGUACUGUUUCUGUUGCAAAAAAGGAGGAAUACAAAGAGCAGGCUAAUUCUUUGGGUGGUUUGCCCACAGGAGAAGCUCAGGAUAAAUCAGGUAACCAUCCAGAUGGUUCUUCACCAAAAUGCCAGACUGAUAGAUCUUCGGUACGAUGUGAACAUCAUACAGAUCCAGCCACACCACCUGCAUUAGGCAUAUCAAGUGGCAAGGUUGCUGAAAAGGUUGUCGAAACUCCGCAAACUGCAAGCAAUGAUUUGAAUGCACAUGUGCAAGAUGCAGUGUUAAAUCAUGGUACAAACCAUAGUCCUGGUACUGUUACAUCCCAGGGCAAGGUAGGCUCAAGCAUAGUGGAAUCUGGCAACGGUAAUGGAAUCUGUACCAGCGCUACAUGUGGCUCCCCUUUAGUGAUCAGUUGUUCCGAACCCUCUCCCCAGGAAGGUGGACAGGGCAGCAGUGCACUACUUCAUCAUACACUAGAUGGACAGUCUGGGGAUCCAAAAGAUUGUGAAGCCUCCGCUGAUGCUGCUCAGAGCUCAAAACAAUGUUCUACCAGAAAUGUAGAAUCUGCUUCUGGUUCUGAGGAGACUAAUACAGCAGGAGGUGAUAGAAGCUUCUCGUUUGAGGUGGGAGCUCCACCAAAUGCAUCUGAGAAAGCUCAUAGCCCUGUUUGGAGCCCGUUCCCUAGAUACAAAGCUUCUCAGAGUACCGAGAUAACCCCAGGAAAUCCUCAACCUGGAAGUUCAUUGAAGAGUAUAAGUGAUGAUAGUAAGGAAACAUCUAUUGCAAAGGCUGGUAAAGAACAGCUGUCAGAAAGGAAAUUGGCUGAAAGUGCUGGUGGCCCGUCAGACAACUCUAACAUUGGCGAUGGCACCAAGAGUAACAGUUCACCGCCAGAGCAGUCACAGCAGCAACCAACCCCUGACUGUUCUGAUUUGGUGAAUUUUCCGUUCACAGAUCCACAGCAUUUGCAGCUACGUGCACAGAUUUUUGUUUAUGGAGCUCUUAUUCAAGGAACACCACCAGGAGAGGCUUACAUGGUGGCAGCUUUCGGAGAGUCUGUAGGUGGUGGUGGUAAACCUACAUGGGAGGCAGCUUGGCGAGCUGCUCUUGAAAGAUUUCAGUACCAAAAAUCACUUUAUACUGGUUUAGAGACCCCCACAAGUUCACGUAUAGGUAGUUCCGUGCCUGAAAAAGCUAGUAAGGGUACAACAGUUAGAACUGCACCAGCUAGCAAAAAGGGUGGCAAAACUGUGGUACCAGCACAUUCUACUGCAACCCUGCACUCUCCAACUUUUAAUGUGCCUCUCGGUAGUUCUACGUUUAACCUGCAAAGAGGUACUCAUCUGGAUUUUAGCCAGGCAGUAUCACCAUUUACAUAUAAUUCACACAUGAGGCAGCCGUCUCCUGGUGUUGCCCCCUGGUAUACUCAGAGCCCUGGUCCACGUUCUGCACCCUGGCUGAUUCCACCACAAAACUUAAUAUUUGAUUCAUCAAUGCAACCAGCUGGUCCUACAAAUGAAACCGCAAAGGGGGCAUCAUCCAAAAAUAUAUCCAUUUCGCAUACUGUUUCGCCUGUUUUAGUUCCACCUAGUCCGGCACCUUCUAUUGUUUCUUCUCCAGCGGCUGUUGUGAAUGAUGAAAAACAGAAGGUACCAGCUUCUAGCUCUAAGCAUGGAACAGCAUCACAAAAGCCAAGAAAAAGAAAGAAAGCUUCAGCAAGUCCAGAACAGCAAUCUGUCACUGCCUCCCCUCAGCUCAAAACAGACGUCACGUCUUCUACUCCUGCCACUAAGCACACAUCAGGAUUCACUUUAUCUACCCAUUCUCCAAGUAAUGCUUUGGUUAGUAGGGUUGUUCCUAACACAGGUCAGAUCACCUCUUUACCUAACUACCAGAUCACUGGUGGUAUGGAUAGUGAGCAAAGAAUCAUCUUUUCGGAACAGAUCCGUGGUGCAAUAGAACAAUCAACUGGACAAGCCAAAGGUGCAAGUAUGCACUCAGUGGAGGCAGUUAGGCAUAAAGAAGGCAUAUGGAGCCAUCUAUCCACAAUCUCAAGAAACAAGUUACCUCGUGAAGUUGAAGAGAAGCUUACCUCAGCUGCAGCUGCUGCUGAAGCAGCAGUUUCUGUUGCAAAGGCAGCUGCAGAAGCUGCCAAGAUGGCGUCAGAGGCUGCAUUGCAGGCGAAGAUGAUGGCAGAGGAAGCACUUAGCUCUUCUACAUCUCUAAAGUCCAUGCAUCAUGAAGCUGGUGAAUUUAAUAUCAGUAGCAAUCCACCUGGCCUGUCAAGUUCAACAGCAGCAUCAUCUCUGAAAAUUAAGGACAACAGUCGUACCCCGGGUUCCAUCAUUUCAGUGGCACGGGAGGCUGCUAGAAAGAGGGUUGAAGAGGCAUCUGCAGCUGCAAAACGUGCAGAAAACUUGGAUGCCAUACUGAAAGCUGCGGAGCUCGCUGCGGAGGCUGUGUUCAGAGCCGGAACUAUUAUUGGAAUGGGUGAACCACUACCUUUUACUCUAAGGGAGCUCUUAGAAGCUGGCCCGGAUGGCUACUGGAAGUCUGAGAGUGUGAGGAAUAAAGCUGGAAGUGGUAAUCACAAUCCAGUAACAGAAACAUUGGAGGUAGAUGCACCUGCUAAUUUCAGUAAAUCUGGCAGAAAGCGUGGUCGGAAACCUAAAUAUGAUCAAGCACUACCAAAUUUGGAGCCAUCUUCAAGUGGCAAAGAAUUGCAGCCAGAAGGAAUACACUCAGCUAAUUUAGGACAUGGGGUUGAAGAUGUUCCCACCACUAUGGCACUUGAUGGUAACAGAAAUAGUACAGCACCAAUAAGCAUUAUCUGGAAUGGCAUUGAAAAGGGAUCUGCUGUCGAGGUAUUAUCUGACAAGGGUGGUUUUGGAGUAGCUUGGUUUUCUGCCAAGGUUGUUGAUAUAAAUGAAAAUAAUGCAUUUGUCAGCUAUGACAACCACAACGGAACUGGUCCUCAUGAAGAACGAGUGCCAUUGAUUCCAGAUGGGGAUAAACCGCCUCAAAUACGUCUUCCUUACCCUGCAACCCUCACCAAAUUCAAAACUAGGAAACGGCGCAGGGAAACAGCAGGGAGUUGUUUAUGGGUUAUUGGAGAUCACGUAGAUGCUUGGGUCAAUGAUAGCAGUUGGCGUGAGGGAGUUAUUGCUCAGAAUUAUGAGGGUGAUGAGACAAAGUAUGUUGUACAUUUUUCAGUUGGAGGUGGUGGUGAGUCAUUAGUGGUUGAUAGUUGGAAUCUUCGUCCGUCACGUGUUUGGAAAGAUGGUCAAUGGACAGAGUGGUCCCGAGCAAGAGAAAGGAAAUCUAAAUCUAAUAAGGGUGAUUCACCUCUUGAGAAACGCCAAAGGACAGACCUGCUUCAAGCAGGUGGCGAUCUAUCCAUUGUUGGUGAAGCAGGGGGUCCCUCCAAGGAUAAGAAUACCAACAAUACAAAAAAGCCGGAGGAUCUAAAGCCAUUGGGUUUGUCUCAGAGGGAAAUGGUUUUCAACGUUGGGAAGAGUGUAGUUGAGAAUAAAUCUGAUGCUCUUGCGUUCAAACGGCCUGGAUUGCAGAAAGAAGGAUCAAAGGUCGUCUACGGUGUUCCAAAACAUGGAAAGAAGAAGAAGUUUAUGGAAGUAAGCAAACAUUAUGAUGCAGGCCAAUCUGACAAGAUUUCUGAGGGCAAUUCAUCAAGCAGAUUUGCAAAACAUUCAAUGCCACAAUUGCCAAGACCACGUGAAAAUACCUCCAAAGUUGAUCAUAAUAGAGGAAGGAGAGUAGCUGAGAUGAGGUCUAGAAUACCUAAACCUACAAAGUCACAGAAUGUUGCAGCUAACAGUGUUCAUGACAAGGAUUCCUUGCCCAUGUCAGUUCCGAAUUCUGGUGUUUCUGAAAGGAGUUUUACUUUUGCGGGAAGUACCACAAGCACUUCCAACACUCAGAAGCCCACUGUAGAAAAAAAUAAUUCUGCGUUGGGCACGAGCCUUAGAACUGAAGUUCCUUCUGUUUCUGAAAUGCAAGCUGCAUCUACUGAUCCUACUUCCAAGCAGAAUGUGUCCACUAACAAUCGAGCUAAAAGGAAAUAUGUUCCUGCUGUGGGUAAUGUGAACAGAGGUACACUUAGAACCUCUGAAAAGACUAGUUCUGAUUCUGGUGAGCCCCAAAGGACUAGUUCUGAUUCUGCUGAACCCAGACGAUCUAACCGGCGAAUUCAACCAACAUCAAGGUUACUGGAGGGUUUGCAAAGUUCCCUCAUAAUCUCCAAAGUUCCUGGCGAGAAGGUUCCUAGGAGCAAUUACAAAAGUGCUUCAUCGAGAGGGAGAGCUCAUGGCUGAGAAAAGGCACCACAACACUAUUUUGGUGGAACAGCUCUCCUCAGCUCUCCUUGUUGUACAUAGCUGCAGCCUUCCGGUAUGGAAGCCGAAGGAUAGGAUUGGAGUAGAAGCCUUUAUUGGAGCACAAGGAUUCGGAUGUAUGAUAAACUAGCAUAAGUUUAUUAUGUUUCCAUUUUCUUUUGCUUUGCUUGAAUCAGACGUAACUCUUGCCGACUUCCGUGUUGUAGAAUAGCCAUUAAUCUCGUAGAAACCACCUUUUAGUAUGUGUGGAUACACUGGGAAAGAAAUUGGGUGUGGCUUAAAUUUAUCCAACAGUUUAUAAUGUCAUGUGGGGCCGUGACCCAUAAGCGAUGCUUGAUCAUUCAUUUCCCUUCUUUAAGUCGAGCUGGCUGCAAUCACCGAAGCAAGAUGUGUGCCGUUAUGUAGUGAAGGCUGUUGAUCGUUCAUUUUUUUUUGUUUUGUUUUGUAAUGCUUGUUGCACCCGUGGAAAGUGGAAACGAUGCCAGGAGUGCUAAAUUGCUGGUU